AUGUCGUCCGCCGUGCUGGCUCGCAUGUCGCGGGCUCGAUUCUUCGCCGCCCGCCCAGUCCGCAGCUUCGUCGUGUCGCCCGUCUUCAAGCCAACCACCGCCGCGGCUCCAUUCUCCUCCGCCAGCAGGAGGCUCGCAGCAUCGCCCGCCGACGAUCCCCACGAUCCACACCACGAGGAGAGCUUCGAGGAGUUCACUGCGAGGUACGAGAAGGAGUUCGAGCAGGUCCAGGAUGUUUUCGAGCUGCAGCGUAACCUCAACAACGCUUUCGCCUACGAUUUGGUCCCAUCGCCGUCUGUCAUCACCGCUGCAUUGAGGGCAGCUCGCAGAGUCAACGACUACCCAACGGCUGUGCGGAUAUUUGAGGGCAUCAAGGCCAAGGUGGAGAACAAGAACCAGUACGAGGAGUACCUAAAGGAGCUGCAGAGUGUGCGAGAGGAGCUCGGCGUCCACCUCAAGGAGAACAUGUACCCGGAGGCCUCGUAG